GUUGCCUUCGCCAUCAAGCACCCUAGACGAUGGUACGUCGCAGGCAAGGUUAUACAUCGCGAAUACGUCUCGACAGAAUCUGGAAACAAUCGUCGAGGCGAUACGUCAUCUGGAAGGUGACCAUUUAUUCAGCGAUGAACCCGCGCAGGAUGUGCCAUUGGCACUGACCAACAAGCAACAGCAACAACAACAGCAACAGGCGACGGCGAACUCAACGUCAACGAAGUCUGCGACCACCACGUCC